GUGUGUAACCCUUGACAUGGCUUGUGUAAUGUGACCUAAAAUGGCGACCAAAACAAAACAGGGAGAUUUCCGUGAAAUCGACGUUUCUCAGACUUUGACAUCGGUUUAUCCGGUUGUGGAGCUGGUUCUUAGCUUCCUUCCUUACAUUGAUUUGUACAAGUCAGCAAGGGUCUGCCAACUAUGGAGAAAAAUAGUGAACACCAUCAAACUCAAACGGAAUUCACUUGGGUUUUCUUGUUCUACAAGAGAAGACAGUGUCUGGAACACUAUGAGAUUCCUUCGGAACUUAUUCAGUGAACCACAAACCCUGAUUGCAUUUUGCCACAAUUCGAUGAACACAUCCUUGGCCGACCUGUAUGUGAAAAGAGGGGAGGAGUUGGCAGGAUUACUUCACAUCAGUGAAGAAGUACUCAUACGCAUGAGCCUUAUGGAGUUCAUCAAACUGUUUGUUCCAAAGUCCUGUGAGGUUGCUAUCAUCGAAGCGGCAGGAAUUGUUGGUACAACCACUGAUAUGAAGACUGAAGAAUUUGAAUCAGCUGAAGCAAUAACAUUCCUAAGUAUCCCCAAACUUCACAACAAUGAGGGUCUUAAGGUGGUCACACAAUCGGAUGUAACAACUAUUGAAGAUAUACUUCUCAUCCACGAUUCUAAGACACUGAAGGCGUGUUUUCUAUUCUGUUCGGAUCCAGGUUUUCUCAGCAAGUCUUUGGUUUCAAAUCUUGUAGACAAGCACUCAGUUCUGGUAGCUGGUGCAUUUGUUGCUGGCCUUUAUUCACAAUCGCAACGGAAUGAAAAACAUGACUUCAUAACGUGCAUGUCACUGUCGUUAUAUGGGAACCAAGUGGAAACGGCCUCUGUCAUCUUACCACAGCCGAAAAACUGGGGAAGUGAACACUGUGAAAUGACAAAAGCAGAUAUUGAAAAGAGCAUUAUCACUCUUAAAGACAUGAAUCUGCCUGACAAAAACAGUUUUGCACUGAUGAUCGCUUGUGUAGGAAGGGGGGAGGGUUUGUUUGAAGAACCAAAUGUGGAGUCUUCGUUGUUUCGGAAACAUUUUCCAAGAACGCCCCUGUUUGGGCUGUUUGGGGAUGGUGAAAUUGGGUGCAACUUUCAUGAAGGUGUUUUGAAUAAACCAAGCACAGAAGAAAGAAAAAGAAAAUCUCCACCAAAACUGUUCCAUUCUUAUACAACAGUGCUGGUGCUAGUUUGUGUGAAAUAAGUAACGGUAUGACUGAAUAGCGGAAAGGGCCCCUUUCCGCGAAAAGAGCUUUCGGUUUUCGGAAAGGGCCUACAUUAAUUUAUUUUCAUUGUUUUAAAAACAUGUAUUGGUAUCUUCAUAAAAAGCACCUUACAUUGUGUUUAUAUUUUAAAUUUCAUUCAAAUCCAUCAAGAAAUUAUUUAACUUUACUUUUACUUUAAGGUGUUAUUAGUAAUUCGAUUUUACAGUACUACCCCUUUAAUAUUUUUAUUCCCCUGGAUCGAAUGAUCGGCGGCAAAUUGUUUUUGGCCUGUCAUUCUGUCCAAAAACUUUAACCUUCUGUCCAAAAACUUUAACCUUGGUCAAAGUUUUGCGUUAACUUUUGCAAUAUUGAAGAUAGCAACUUGAUAUUUGGCAUGCAUGUGUAUCUCAUUAAGCUGCACAUUUUGAGUGAUAAAAGGUCAAGGCCAUCCUUCAAGGUAAAAAGUUAAAAAAAUACAAUCCAAGGCAAGUAAUAAGCUUUAAAAGGGAGAUAAUUUCUAAACCUGCCAAUUGAUAUAUUGAAAAAAAAAUUAAAAAUGGCGCAAUAGGGGUCAUUGUGUUUCUGACAAACUCAUCUUUUGUUUAUUUUACAGUACUGUCCCUGGUUUUUUUUCACGUCAUCUUGUCAUCGCUUCUCAGAUGCGCCAUACGAUACACUUGCACUGUUGUUGGCUACAUUGAUUUUUUUGACGUCAUUGCUUCUAUAUUGCUUCAUACGACACACUUUCACUGUUUUAGUCUACAUGCAGUUAAAUAAUAUUUUCUCUCUUACGGACGUUUCUUGUUUGAUUUAUGUUUUUUUUUUUAGCUGUCACAUAAACAACCAAACUUUGAAAUAUGGGUCUUUUACACCAAUUAUUGCUGCUUCUUCCUGUGUUUGUGCGAUGAUGAUGUGAAAUAUCAACUUUAUGAUGCUAUAUUCUUAAAUCUUUUUCUUAAAAGAAGGAUGAAGUUGACACUCGUUCGUUGUUUCAUUUCAUCAUUACUCAAAAAGUAACUCUGUUGCUCUGGUCGCUUCUCUACCAUUGAAUAAUUAAAUUGUAAUUAAAUUGAA